AUGAUAAAUUCAAGAAAGGAAAUAGCUAAUAUAUAUUUUAAAACGAAGUUUGUUUAAGAUUUAAUAGCAUUAGCAGCGGUUUUUACAGAAUCUUUUGAUUUAUCUCGUUAUAUAUAACUUCUUAUAAUUGUAAAAUAUUAUACUUUAACUAGUAUUGUUAAAACAAGAUAAGAUGCCUUUGUAACUAAUUAAGAUGGAAACUAUUAAUAUAUUCUUUAGUUAUUUAGACUUUUUUUAAAAAUAUGCUUUAUUGGACAUUUUUUUUCAUGUGUGUUUUUAUUUAUUUUAACUAUUGAAUAAAAAUUAGGCUAUUAAGGUUGGAUUUAGAAAUUCGAAGAAAAAAAUCAAUUAUUUUGGUAUGAGAAGUAUAUUUAUUCUCUUUAUUUCUGUGUUACUACUAUGACUACAGUUGGAUAUGGAGAUAUAACUCCAAGUAAUAUAGUAGAAGUUGGAUUUGUAAUAGUAUCAUUAGUAGUUUUAUCUGGUGUAUAUGCUUAUAGUUUUAACUUUAUAGGCAUGAUAGUGUAAGAUAUGAAUAAAGAAAAGAAAAAAUUUAAGAAUGAAUUAUGUCUUUUAAAUUAUUAUAUGUUAAAGUUAAAUAUAAAUAAAGACUUGAAAUAUUAAGUUAGAAUGUUUUAUUAAAAUUAGCAAGGAGAAAAAGAAGAUAUUUCAUUUGAAGAUGAAGAGAAUAUUUUGAAUAAACUAUCACCUUUUCUACGAGAAUAAAUAAUAAUUAAUUCAAACACAUAAAUUUUGAAAUAAUGCGGUAGUCUUUUUUCCCAAUUCACUUAAGAGUUUAUCGAAUAACUAUGCCUAUGUAUGGAAAAAGUAAAAAUUUUAAAAGACGAAAUUAUUUUUAGGCCUGGAGAAAUUUAAAAUGACCCAUGUUUUUAUUACAUUGAAGAUGGGUAAAUAGACUUAUUUAUAGACGAUCCGAAGGUUUCUUAUUAUAUUUAGUAAAAAAAAGAUGAGAAUAACUAAGAAAUUAAUUAAAUAACAGGAAAUAAAAUUGUAAAAAGUUUAAAAAAAGGUGAAUAUUUUGGAGAAGUGAGUUUUUUUAUGAAUACGAAAAGAUCCAUAGGAGCCAAAUGUUCGAAAUUUUCGAAAUGUUAUAUUAUUUAAAGAAGUUAGUUUAUAGAAAUUCUGAAAUAGUUUCCAAAAGAUUUCGAAAAUUAUUGUAUGAUGAGAGACAAAAUUAUUUUCGAUGGAAUAAAUAUGUUAAAAGGUAAAUGUUUUUCUUGUUAACAUGAAGGACAUAAUAUAAAUGAUUGCCAUUUAUUACAUGCUAAAUUUGAUAAGGAAAAAAUACUUUUAAAAGCGAAUUUUAGAAAUAAAUAAGUUAAUUAUGAUGGCUUUUUUAAUAGAAAUAAAUAAAAUAAAUUGAAAAAUUGCAUUAUUGAAAAUUAUAAUAUUGUAUAAAAAACAUUAAGUUACCGUAAAUAUAUAUUAAAAUAGAGAUAAAAAGGAAAAACUUUUUCUGAAAAUUUUAAUGAAGAAAACGAGGAAAAUACGAAUGUGAAUAACCCUUAUUAAAAUUUAGAAAUAAAUUAUGACUAAAUGAAUAUACAUAAUUAAUUUUAAUAGGAUAAUUAAAAUAUGGAAACAGAAAAAUAUGAAAUAUAAAAAAGUGAAGAUAAAUUAAUAUAUAUAGAUUCAAUAUGUUAUAAAUCAGAACAAAAAUAAGGAUUUAAAAAAAAAUCAUCAUUUAAUAAAUAAUUUAAUAAUGAAAAUGCACAUGAAAAUGAAUAUUAUUAAAUUAAUAAUUAAAAUAAUAAUAAUAAUAAUAAUAAUAAUAAUAAUAAUAAUAAUAAUAAUAAUAAUGUCAAUAUUACAUUUGAUUAGUCUAAGUUUAUUAUUAAUGAUGACUUUAAUGAUUAUAUUACAAAACUUUUAAUAGAUUUGACUAGUAGAAUUCAUUAAAAGGAUGAUUCGUAAAAUAAAUCAAAGAAAAAGUUAAAAUUUAUUACUAAUUUUUAAAAUUUGACAACCUCCAAAAUGAAAAUAGAUUAUAAUUUCGUCGAUAAUUUAUAUGUCUAUGAGACAAAGUAAGAUUUUAGAUAUUAUUUCCCAUUAUUUAAUUAUUCAAAUAUGAUUAAGAAUCUGCCAGUUACAAGCAGAGAAAUUAUCUUUUAAAAUGUUGGUUAUGGAAAAUAUACAUAUUAUAAUAGAAUAUUUUUAAAGAAAAAAUUUCAUAAUGUUCAAAAAGGAAAAAAUUACAGAAAUAGAAUUCCUAAAACUGGUAUUUUUAUAUAAAUAUAAAAUAUUUUAAAAAAUUUAUAUUAAUAUAAUAUAUAUAUUUGA